AUGCUAUGCGUUCCCGCCGUGCCGGCGAACCGGAUCGCGAUCUCCCAUUCGCUGCUCAGAGUCCCCAACAGGGUCCUCACCUCGUCCGGUAAGACGUUCGGUUGCGUUUCCCCGACGGCUACACCGUCCGACAUAGGCAGCAUGGGCCGUACGGUGAACGUCGAGAAACGGCCGGGAGCGGUGGAGAUCUGCGCAUAUAUGUGGACCGACCGCGUCACCUACGAGUACAAGCACUACUCCUUCGAGCUGAGCGUCGUGACGAACGUGAAGGGAGCGGGUGAGGACCGAGAGGAAGCGCGGGACAGCUUCGACGAGACGCCGGGCGACGACGGCUCCGCCAUCUACGAGGUGGAGAUAGAGCUCAAGCCCGACAGAGACGGCUUCCCGAAGAAGAGCAGGUCCCACGCUCGCAUCCUAGCGGAGAGCCUGGUACUCAAGAUGCUAGAUCUAGUGUACUUCGUCGAAGACGUCGACUGCCGUAGCAUAGCGUUCAGGUCUUCGUCGGGAAGAGAUAGACAGAAAGCGAAACCUCCGGGAGCGACAUAA